CAUUGACAAUUUUUCUUCCCCCAAACAGUCGGAAUUGAAUACCAAAACCAAAAAAAAAAGACUUUAAAUAGAGGUCGUCUCUCCAUUCAUUGCUCACACAAAUUCACUAAAAAUUGAAUCAAAAUCUGAAAUCUCAUCAAUUCAUCCAUUAUGUCUCUCAAAGUUUAUGUAGAUCGUCUUUCUCAACCUUCUCGUGCUAUUCUCAUUUUCUGCAAAUUAAAUGGAAUUGAAUUUGAAGAGGUUAAUAUCGAUCUUUCUAAAGGUCAACAUCGCACUCCUGAAUAUCAAGAAGUUAAUAUCAUGAAGCAAGUACCAGCCAUAGUUCAUGAUACUUUUAAGCUUUUCGAAAGUCAUGCUAUUCUUAGAUAUCUAGCUUCAGCAUUUCCGGAAACUGCUGAUCAUUGGUAUCCAAAAGACCUGCAGAAAAGAGCAAAUGUAGAAUGUGUCUUGGAUUGGCACCACUCUAACUUACGUCGUGGUUCAGCGGGAUAUGUCUUUAACACUAUACUGGCACCUGCAUUUGGAUUGCCUUUGAAUCCACAAGCUGCUGCAGAAGGUAAAAAACUCCUUUCUGCAUCUCUUGCAACGAUUGAUACCUAUUGGCUGCAGAAAGACGGAAGCUUUUUGCUUGGAAAUUCCCAACCUUCCCUUGCAGAUCUUAGCUUAGUUUGUGAGAUUAUGCAACUUGAGUUUCUUGAUGAGAAGGAUCGUGAGGGUCUAUUAGGCCCGCACAAGAACGUGUUGAAGUGGAUUGAUGAUGUGAAGAGUGCCACAGCACCUUAUUUCGAUGAAAUACAUGCAACCCUCUUCAAAGUUAGCGAGAUUUUUCAGAAGCAGCGAUCUGCUGGAGCAAGCAGCUAGACGUAUCCGCAAUUGAAACCUGUUACAAUGUGUACUCAAGGCCUGCAUUGUGACAUUUUGUGUGCUUUAUAUUGGAUGCAUAUUUCUUAGUGUGAUGUGUGGUAUGCUUUGUAUUCUUAUUUCUUAAGACAAUUCUGAGAAUGUUGAGUUGUACUGUACUAAUCUUCUGAAUAAAAGCAGUUCUUAUUAUUUUGUC